AGUGUGGAAGUUCAAGCAGACAACGCUGAAGACCUGUCCUGAGGGUGCUCUAGAAAGUCUCCAGAGGGUCAUUUCAUGGGGGAAAAUCCUGCCAAGAACCAUUAUGCACAGCUUAACCAGGGAGAAGAAAAUGAGAUGGAGAUUUUUGGCUACAAAACCCAAGGCUGCCGAAAGGCCUUGUGCAUCACUGGAUACAUCUUGUCCUGCGGGGCUCUGCUGCUGCUGUUUUACUGGAAGCCAGAGUGGGAUGUGUGGGCAAACUGUAUCCGCUGCAGCCUGGAUGAAGCGGAUGUUUUUCUGCUUAGAACAACUGAUGAAUUUCAGAUUUAUUCUCGUAAGACUGUGACAUGGAUCUCUGUGUCUGCACUUAUCAAAAAUAGAUCAGAUUAUCCAGCCACUCUUGAGGAAGACUCUAUCUUCAGCAAAGCCAUAAUGAAGCCAAGUUUGCAAGUGAAAAGUAUCCAAGUACAAAAAAUUCGCUACAUCUGGAAUAUCUAUGCAAAACAGUUCCAGAAAGUUGGAGCCCUAGAAGACCACCACACUUGCUCAGCUAUACAUGACAAAUUUGGUUCUGGUCUCACCUGCAAUGAACAGAAUGUCAGGAGAGUUAUAUGUGGGCCAAACACUAUCGAUGUUCCAGUGAUCCCUAUUUGGAAACUACUCAUCAAGGAGGUGUUAAAUCCAUUUUACGUGUUCCAGCUGUUCAGCGUGUGUCUGUGGUUUGCUGAAGAUUACGUGGAGUAUGCCACUGCCAUCAUCAUCAUGUCUCUUCUCUCGAUUUCUUUGACUGUGUAUGAUCUCAGACAGCAAUCGGUUAAACUGCACAGACUGGUUGAGUCUCAUAACAACAUCAUGGUCACUGUCUGCAGAAAUAAGGAAGGUUUCCAGGAGCUGGAAUCACACCAUCUUGUUCCUGGAGACAUGCUGGUUUUGAAAGAGGGCAAAACCCUUUUGCCUUGUGAUGCCAUCCUGAUCAGCGGGCAGUGCGUUGUAAAUGAAAGCAUGCUUACAGGGGAAAGUAUUCCAGUAACAAAGACUCGCUUACCCCAAGCUGAUAACUUCAAGCCUUGGAUAAUGCAUUGUGCAGAGGAUUACAAAAAACACGUCCUCUUCUGUGGAACAGAGGUCAUACAGACCAAGGCAGAUGACAGAGGAGAAGUGAAAGCUGUGGUGCUGCGGACUGGUUUCAAUACAGCCAAAGGGGAUCUGGUGAGGUCCAUUCUCUACCCUAAACCCAUGAACUUCAAGCUGUACAGAGACGCCCUUCGGUUCCUGAUGUGCCUCAUUGCAUUUGCAGCCAUCGGAAUGAUCUACGCAGUGUGUGUGUUUGCUCUUAAUGGGGUGAAUCCCAAGAAAGUGGCGAAAAAGGCUUUGGAUGUUAUCACUAUUGCUGUCCCUCCAGCUCUGCCUGCUGCCUUGACAACAGGGAUCAUUUAUACCCAGCGGAGGCUGAAGAAAAAGGGCAUCUUCUGCAUCAGCCCACAGAGGAUCAACAUGUGUGGACAGCUCAACCUCAUCUGCUUUGACAAAACUGGCACCUUAACAGAAGAUGGCCUGGAUCUUUGGGGCUUGCUGCCCUCUGAAAAAAACUGCUUCCAGGACGUUCACAGCUUCCCCACAGACGACAGCCUGCCUUGGGGCCCGGUGUUCAGAGCAAUGGUGGUGUGUCAUUCACUAAUCGUUUGGGAGGGCAAGAUCCAAGGAGACCCACUGGAUGUGAAAAUGUUUGAGGCCACAAACUGGGUGAUAGAUGGUUCCAGUGGACACCAGACUGAAGGUCAAAGAUCCACACAUGCAACAGUCAUUAAACCUGGGCCUAAAGCCAGAAGCGCCCCAGUGGAAGGAGUUACCAUUUUACACCAGUUUCCAUUUUCUUCAGCCUUGCAAAGAAUGUCUGUCAUUGCUCAGGAAAUUGGUGGGGAGCAACAGGUCUUCACAAAAGGAGCUCCGGAAAUUGUAGCCAUGUUAUGUAGAAGAGAAACAGUCCCACUGAACUUUGAAAGCAAGCUUCUGCUCUACACAGCGCAGGGCUUUAGGGUCAUCGGACUGGCAUGUAAGUCUCUACAGCCAGGGAAGCAAUCUGCUGAUCUAACAAGGGAGGAGGUGGAAUCAGAUCUGACAUUCCUGGGUCUUCUAAUAAUGGAGAAUCGAUUAAAGAGUGAGACAAAACCUGUCCUGGAAGAGCUCAGUGCUGCCCACAUCAGGAGUGUUAUGGUCACAGGUGACAACAUUCAGACAGCUAUAACUGUUGCCAAAAAUGCUGGAAUGAUUCCUUCAACAGACAGAGUGAUUCUUGUGGAAGCAAACAAAAUACCUGGAUCUUUUUCAGCAUCUAUAACCUGGAAACCACUAGAAGAAAACAAAGCUGAAGAUUAUGGAAGCCUGGAGGGUGAACGAAGAAUCAGGCUGGCAUUAGGUUCAGGCCAGUAUCAUUUUGCCAUGACUGGAGAAUCUUACCAAAUUGUAGCGCAGCAUUUCAGGCACUUACUUCCAAAGCUCCUGCUGAGUGGAACAGUUUUUGCUAGAAUGUCUCCUGGUCAGAAGUCCAGCCUUGUAGAAGAGUUUCAAAAGCUCGA